AUGAGCGACCCAAAGAUCCCGAAACUCUACCAUCGCGACACGCCGCAUUGGCAGCAAGCCCAGCGCGAGCAGUUCUGGCAGUUGAAUGAGGGCAAGAGCUCCCCGUUCGAUACGAGCCCUGAUAAACUUGAGGCGCUUGCAGAAAGCUCCCUGAGCGUGAACGGCCGGCUUUAUGCUCAGUCCAAUGCGGGACUUAUGUGGACCCACCUCGCCAACAGACAAGCAUUCUAUCGCCAUCGCCUGAUUCCCCAUCAACUCGUCGAUGUCAACGAACGCUCCACGGCGACCACCCUAUUCGGCCACAAGGUCUCCGCACCCAUCGGCUUUGCGCCCAUCGGCAUCAACAAGAUCUACCAUCCGAAGGCAGAGCUGCCGGUCGCCAAAGUCGCGGGAGAACUUCGCCUGCCAUACGCGCUCAGCACGGCGGGGAGUUCGAGCAUCGAGGAUGUGGCGGCGAGUAAUGACGAGGGCAGACAGAGUGGACGUGCUGUGAACGUUGAAGGUGCCAAGAACGAUGAGCCUGUUCGAUUCUUCCAGUUGUACUUGCCCCAUGACGACGAGCUGGCGGUGAGUUUGAUGCAGCGGGCUGUUGACAGUGGAUUCACGGCUUGUAUCUUGACCACGGAUACAUGGCAGCUUGGGUUCCGCCACCCUGACAUCCAUACCUCGAACUACGCCUUCUACCGCGGCAUCGGCGCAGAUCUCGGCCUGACGGAUCCUGUCUUCCAACAACGGCUCCGCGAAGCCGGCAUCGACCCCAAGAAACAGCCGGAGGAGGCGGGUGCAAUGUGGAUCGACAAUGUCUGGCAUGGGCGGGCGUUCAGCUGGGAGAAGAUUCCCGGGGUCAUGGCGAAGUGGAAGGAGUUGAGCGGCGGGAAGCCGUUCUGCAUUAAGGGAAUCCAAUCCGUCUCCGACGCCCAACACUGCGUUUCGCUCGGUAUCGACGGCAUCGUCGUCUCCAACCAUGCAGGCCGCCAGGUCGACGGGGCUGUCGCCUCGCUCGACGCACUCGAAGACAUCAUCGACGCCGGCAUCGGCUCCAAGCUGACGGUUAUGUACGACUCGGGCGUGCGCGGCGCCGCCGACGUGAUGAAAGCAUUGUGUCUGGGCGCAAAGUUCGUGUGGAUCGGCAGAUUGUGGGUCUGGGGUCUCAGUGUCAUGGGCGAAGAGGGCGUCAGGCAUAUUAUGCGGAACUUGCUCGCCGAGUUCGAUAUCAUGAUGUUGACGGCUGGUGUGAACAGCGUGGAUGACUUGACGAGGGAUAGGCUGUGGAGUGGCCCGAGGAGUUAUCCUUUGAUUGCUGAGAAGGCUAAACUGUGA